AUGGUCGAUGACUGGGUUAUUAAAACUAUGUAUGCGACGAAACGACGCAGAAAAAAUCCUAAAAGUAAUAAACCAACAUGUUCAGCUGUAAUUCGACCAGAUCAAAAUGUAAAAUCUAAUCCGAGUAAAAGGCAUCGAGAACGUUUAAAUUCCGAGUUAGAACAUCUAGCAAGUCUAUUACCAUUUGAGCAAAAUGUCAUCAUGAAAUUGGAUAAAUUGUCUAUUCUACGAUUGGCAGUCUCAUAUCUCCGUAUUAAAUGCUACUUUCAUGCUUUAUCGUUUGAUCGACUGAUAACAGAGAAUCGACUUGUUUCACACUUGUACCACUGUCCAUUUGAUCUGACUCGAAUUGAAGGUGAAGCUUGUUUACAAGCUUUAAAUGGAUUUAUAUUCAUUAUGUCGUGUGAUGGUGAAGUAUUUUCUGUAUCAAGAACUGUGGAACAUUAUUUAGGUUUUCAUCAGGCUGAUAUUUUGCAUCAAAGUGUUUUAGAAUUAAUUCAUUCAGAAGACAGAGAGGAAUUCCGAAGACAACUGUCGUGGAGAUCAAUGCUUCCACCAGAGUUCCAUUCAUCUACACUACAUGAUCUGAUGACUCCUGAAACGGCUCAUUAUUUAAAACGUCAGUUUACAGUACGAUUCCGAUGUCUUUUGGAUAAUACAUCUGGAUUUAUUACGCUUGAAAUUAGCGGUCGUUUGCAAUAUCUACAUGGACAAGCCAGAAGUAUGCAGUUAGCUGUAAAUUCUGAACAAGUGAAUUCAUGCACCAAUGCAAAUAUACCAAACAAAUAUAAUACAUCUUGUUCUUAUACUGUUUCAACUGCUAAUCAACAUAAUUUACCGCCUCUUGGUCUUUUUGCUGUCUGUAGUCCAUUAGGACCAUUGCCAAGUUUGAAUGGUCCACAACGUGAUGCAACUUUUAAAACAAAACAUCAAUUAGAUUUGACUGUUAUAUCAAUAGACGCUCGUGCUCGACUUAUAUUCAAUUACUCUGACAGUGACUUACAAAAUUUCAAAGUCUAUGAUCUCAUACAUCCGGAUGACUUGCGUUAUGUUGCUAGAGGACAUAAAGAACUUUUUAAAGUAGGCUCACUUGGCUUACUUGUACACCGAUGGUUGAAUAAACAAUCUCAGUGGAUUUGGCUGCAGUCACGAAUAAAACUUAUCAUGAAAAAUGGUAAACAGGAUCAUAUUAUUGUGAUACAUCGACAGUUAUCAAAUGAAGAAGGUAUGGAGUUAUUGAUAAGAAGAACAGAUGAAUACAAACUGCCCUUUCCUUUACUUGAACCAGAAACUCUACUAAAUGGUGAAGAAUUGACAGCAUGCAAUACUAACUUACAUAUGGAUAUCAAUUCAACUUUGUCAAUUGACCAAAUGAAAAAUUUUGAUCAUCAUCAUAUUCUUGGAAAUAUCGAUCAAAAAUUGUAUAAAACAAAUGUUAAAUCUGACAAUAAAAUUAAUUUAGGCUCAAAACAUACACCGGAACAUUUCUCUAAUCUUGAUAUAGCCGGAAGAGUUCACAGUAGACACUCUAGUGAUAUUAUGAACAGUUGUACACAAAUAGAACGAGGUAUUAAUAGAUCGACAACAAAUAAUUGCGAUAAUAAUUUACACUUAACUGGAAUAGACACUAAUUUACUUAAUCAGUGUCUUAAUAAAUCCACUAAACAAUCGAAGGUUAUUUCAACUAAUGUUCUACGUAGAAAAAGGACAAUGAAAGAAAUCAGUAAAUCUGAAGUGAGUAAAUGUAAACUUAAUCAUCGUGGUUCGUGCACUACUGCAUGCACAUAUGUGUCAAAUGCACAAACUGCUGGUCAAAUAAAUUAUGGUACCAACAUUUAUCAAUCUACCUAUCUUCCAUUGGGAUUUAAUCAAACAUCAUCAAAAGAAAGCGGAACUUUUUACCGAAAUCCUUAUUUCUGUUGGCCAACAAACACGAAUACUGUAGCACCAUUGGAAAAUGUGAUUUCAAAUAGAUCAGAUAACACAGAACACCUUCUUCAAUAUGAUUCAAGUAAAGUUGGUUUACUCAUGAUAAAUUCACAUCAUUCAAGUCAAAAUUUAAAUGAAUUCAAUAUGCAAGAUCAUCAUUGUACAACAAGAAAUUAUUCAACAGCAUAUGAUGCUUAUUCAGCGGCUGUAGCAGCAGCAGCUGUAGUAGCAGCUGCAACAAACAAUUAUAAUCAGAAAAAUAAAAGUCAAAAUCAUCACAAUGUAUCACUUCAUCAACACUAUCAAUCACAACACACGUUAGAUGAAGAAAUAAAACAAUAUCGACGACAUGGAUUAAAUUCAUCACAUUUCCUAACAAACCCUACUGAAUCGAAUGCUCUUCAUUUUCAACAGACUCUUAAUGAUGCUAGUUUAUUUGAUUUGCCAAGAAGACAACAACAUUCACAAAUGGGAUAUAAUUCAUCAUUACUUAGACAACAAGCUGUAGUAUCUUCCGAGCAUCAAUCCUCACUAGACGGUUGUACAGAUUAUAUUUUAUCAAAUAAUUACUUUUCACAAGAACAAUCAAUCAAUAAACAUAGUUUAAGUAAGACUUGCCUACAACCGAAUGAUUUAUAUGUAAAAGAAUUUCUAAAGCCUAGACAUUCCGAUUUAUUGGAUAGUUUUCACCAGCCACAAAUCGAUGCAAAAAGUGAUAAUUCUGACAUAAGUGACAAUAACAACAGUUGUAAUAAAUUAAGACAAUCACUUUCAUCUUACACAUCUAUGAAUGCAAAUCAUUUAUUCGCAGAUGAUUAUAGAAAUGAAGUGACAUAUGAACAAAAAGAUACUUCAGAAAAUAUGUACUUACAACACAGUGUUGAACAGAGAAUGAUGUAUACUAAUCCAGUUAUGGACAAAGAGUCUUCAUCAACAUAUUCCUCUUAUUCAUCUCCACCUAAUUUAACAAGUCCACAUAAUAACGAAAUUAAUUUGGAACCAGAUUCUGGAAUCAGUCAGAAUCAACAGAGACCAAUACCAACUUCAGCAAUAGUAAGAAUCCACAGUCAAUUCGCUGAUCCAAACAACAGUUCGUCGAAUUCUUCAAAAUGUCCUCAGUUUUAUGAUGCUAACUGCUCUGCAAGUAACUGGACUGUAAAUCCUUCUCAUACGAAUUAUAAUCAAACAACAGAAUAUCUUUCUGAAGAACGCUUUUCAGAAGUAGACUGUGGAAAAUAUUAUUGUAAUCCCAGAGUUUUAUCUCUCUCAAUAUCCAUGGAUUCAUCGAAUUCCAGUAGAUCUCCUACACCACAUGAUACAUGUAUAAGUCAACAAGAUAAGUUAAUUAAGACGGGAACGGAAAGUGAAGUUAUGUUUCCUCACAAAACUAACAAAACUGGUUCACGGUCAUGCAGACUGCAAUCAAAUGAUGAUUCUAAUGUUAAAAUCCCAUUAUUUUCUGAAAUAGAUUUCGGUGAUCAAAAGCAGGAUUUAUUGAAUCCUCAUAUAGUUGGAGGUGAACGAUCUGAAUAUGACUCUACGACAAGAUGGGACGAUCAUCACUACGAUAACUCAAAAUCAACUGCCAUCCCCGUACCCGUUGUAUGUAGCGGUUCUUUGAAUAGUGUUUCCGAGGAAUCAUCAAAGACAAUUUCAGUAAAUACAUCCGAAAUACAUACAACAUUAUCCGAUUAUAGAGAAGGACUUUUGGGUGCAACUUAA